GCCAGGAGCUAUCAUUAGACAAGGCAACACUGGAUGCUUUUGAUUCUGAAUAUGAAUUUUAGGAGGAUUUUCUUAGUCAAGUGCCUGCUGCUUUUAUUUCCCAGUGUAAAAUGCUCUGUCACCAAAUGGAUUUACAUGGCCAUGAAUGAGUCAGCUCUUCUCAGCAUUGCUGCUGCUGGGAACGUAUAUGAUGCAACAUGGCUGAAAGACAGAAAAAAGUUGCUUCAGAUAAAAGAUAAGACAGUUAAGUACUAUGCGAACAAGGAACAAUGCAGGUGUAAGAUAUUUCUAAAUGGGACUCUGCAAAUAGAGAAGGUGGUGAAGGAGGACAGUGGAAAGUACACCGUGACUGUUUAUCAGCAGGAUGGAAAAUUGAAAACAGAAGAAGAUACAAUGUUCAUAGUUCAGGAGCCUGUCCCUCAGCCAAUCCUCAGUGCUGAAUGCAUGAAUAAAACUGCAUCUGUCAAGUGUGAAGUGAAGCACAAGACUAAAGAUGAAACAUUUAUGAUGGAACUGACUCAAGAUAAAAAGAAAAAAAUCCAAAAGAAUGCAACAAGGUUGGAAUUGUACACACAGUAUUCUGGGACGUUCAGAUGCAUUGUUAAAAACCAAGUCAGCGAAAAAACAGCCGAAAAAGUAAUUAAGUGCUCAGGUCAGCUGGACCUUUAUCUCAUCUUGAGCAUAGCAGGAGGUGCAGUCUUCUUUGUCAUCUUCAUGGUUUUGCUUAUUUAUUGUAUCAGGAAGAAGAAAGCAGAAAGGUUUGAAGACAAUGAUGAGGAGCAAAUGAUGCAGGCUCGCCAGGUGGGCAGGGAAAUGGUGGUGCGGGAGCUCCCUCAGGUGCCAUGCAAUCCCAUCCCGAAGCAGCUGUGUGUGCAGCAGCGGCCGCUGCCUCAGCCCCAGGUGCAGCAGCAAGCAUUGCCCCCACGGCCCAGGCCCCGCACGCAGCAGCGGACUCCAAACCACCCAAGAGAAAGACCUUGAACAUCUGCCCUGGGAGGGAUGGUGGAUUGUCUGCUCCACCAUUCACUGGGAGAAGAAAGUUUCCAAUAGUUGGGAACCCCUCCUGCCCACCCUUGCGUAAUGCUCAGCUAAGAAACGGCAGCUUUCGUUGUAGAAAAUUAUAGAGAGCAUCAAAUGGAGAUGAAAAGACCCAGUGGAGGAGAUUCAAGGUGAUGGGCAUUCAUCCCUGUGGCCAUUUUUCUUCAAGUGUCUCCAUGUUAGGGUAUGGAGCAUUGAGCCUUGAAACCUGUGUCUUCUGUGGUUCACUUGUUUUUAUUGCACUUUGUUGUUUUCGUGCUUUUUGGAUGGAUUAUAACAAGAAGAAGCUAAAGUCCUAGUGAGAUGACAUGGGCCUAAGGAUCUUACAGGGUUUUGUCACUUACCUUUCCUUUCUCCUGCCACACAUUAGGACAACCUUCUGGUGUCAGAAUCAAAUACAUGACCUCUUGGAUCAAAAUAAUUGUAAUUAAAUGCUUGUCUGAAGUCGAAAGUAUUGGUGUCAUCUAAUUCAGAGAAGAAAAUACUGAAAGGAGAUGUGAGAGUCCUGAAGACUGUGUGAUGUGUGGGAAAAAUGCA